CUAUGGCCCAAGCGAAUCCGUCUGGCAGUCUGUUGCCGCGUUUCUACGAAAGGUGGAUGUGUCAGUUGUCCAAUCGUGUUCGUCGUGAAAAUGCUGUGAAAGUGUUUUUUACAUGAUUUGGUGACUGAAAGUUUCUCGGAAUAAUAAAUUUGAGAGCUGAAAAACAGAGUGUAGUGUUUAUUUGUGUUUUUUAGUGGACGUUUCUGUGUAAAAUCGUGUCGCAAAGCAGUAGACUGGUGCGAUUACUUCAAGUUCGCCGGCUUAUCUUGUUGUGGAAAUGCUGCUACACUUCUAUCGAUGUACCAAAGACCGCAGCAUAACAAUCCACUGUUCUACUAAAGAUGCCAGCGAUGUAGACUGAACGAGCAGAAACAUUGGAAAAGCGAAGUUUGAAAUAUUUUUGCACAAGUGAACAGUUUUGCCAUUGCCCAUCCUUGUUUGUGUUGUGUAGUGUGCGCGAAAACAACGUUGAGCGGUGUUCCAAAAUUAAAAUGCGCGACGGUGAUUGGCUUAUGCGCCUUGUGUCAUUGUGAUUAGUGAUGUGUUGUGUCGAUAGUGGUUAUCGAUAGUCGUCAAGAUGGCGACGAUGGAUCUCACCAAUGAGGUGAUCCGCUUGCGGGCGGAGCUGGAGAAGGUGUCUUCAGAGAGGGAUAUGCUCCUCUGUGAAGUAUCCAACUUGAGGCGAGAACUGGAACUGAGCGAGUUGAAACACUUGCAGGAUGAUGUCAGCUUCUCCCAGAAGGUCGACGAGGAAGAAGGGACGGGUGGGGUGGCAUUACAUCCUCCCGACGGCUUCUACACCCACCAGCACUCGAUCCACGCUCACCAUGCCCAUACGGCGGAACCAGAUCGAGGUUAUAUGGAAGGCAACCGAUAUGUCACUGCUGUGCAUCGACCGUUGCCUGCUCUAAACCAUUCAAACUCGUCAUGCUCGUCGGCGUCGAACGCUUCUACGGGGGCGGGGCUGUGCGCGGGCGCAGCCGAACCGACGCCGCCGCUAUACAUCGCCGCCCCGCCAGAGGGCUUCGGACACACCGUUCAUACAAACAGGCGAGGCACAGAUGUGUCCAUCAUGGGAAUGGGCUCGACGGGAAUUACCCAAAAAGAUCCAACAUUACCCCAAAAACGGGGUAAAUUGACUAGAGGCCGUUAUGAGAUGUCCCAAGAUCUUCUGGACAAGCAGACAGAGAUCUUAGAGCGAAGGUACGGAGGAUUACGAGCGAGGAGAGCAGCUGUUACCAUCCAGAGAGCAUUUAGGAGACGACAGCUGUUGAAGAAGUUCAGCGCUAUCACAGCGAUGGCAAAGGCGGCCGACUCGAACGCGAGGAGGCUGCAAGACGGCCCUGAACACGGCCAACUAGUCAAUGGUACAGAUAUAUACGCAAAUACACUACUACAGAAGAGCCCGGCUGGUCAGGAGAAAGUCUUAGCCCUCACCAGGCCGAUGCGUUCCAUGUCGUUACGGGAACGUCACGAUAUUGAUAUGAGCAACCACAUGGUCUGCGACCCUCAAAGCGAAGUAGAAGCCAUGGUGGCCAGGGUUCAGCAGUCAGCUCACCAGAUCCAUAUGAUUGCUGCCGAUAUGCCGCCUCUACACCGCGGAGAUGCCGAUAGUGGGGUUUGCAGCUGCUCAGUAAGCGGGUCUGUCACGAACAUAUCUACGUCAUCGUCGCACAAUGAAUCUCUACAUAACCACCAGUUACUUAACACAGGUCCGAUAUACGGCAACCUGCUAUCAUCGGGUGGGAAACCCCUAUCGUCUCCCACAGCCAGACAGCAGCAGCAACUGGCUGCGAUCCAGGCUGCUAACGCCAGGAGACUACCACCAGAAGUACCUAAGAGGACUAGCAGUAUUACGCUCAAUGCGGAGAGCCCGGUAUCACUACGGCGGGCGGAGUGCGGGGGCGCGGUGGUGCGCGGCGGCUCCAUGUCCUCGGUGCAGAGCUCGUCAUCCUCCUCCUCGCAGGAGCACCGCCACCACUACCACCAGCCCUACCAGCCCAGGGCUCCGGACGCGGCCCCGCACGGCGGCGACGCAUACACCCAGGGCCGGACUGCGCCGGGGUACGAGGCGGAGCGCUACGCGGUGUGGAAGCGCCAGGAGCCCCCGGCGUACUACGACGCGCCGCCCGCGAUAUGCUGUCGCCCGCCUGACUUGCAUCAGCACCCGCAUCAGCCUCUUAAGGUAUCAGAAACGGUCCGCAAACGUCAAUACCGCGUGGGUCUCAACUUAUUCAACAAGAAGCCAGAACGCGGCAUCGCUUACCUGAUCUCCCGAGGCUUCCUGGAGAACUCCCCUCGAGGAGUGGCCCGGUUCCUCAUCACCAGGAAGGGGCUGAGCAAGCAGAUGAUCGGAGAGUACCUUGGGAAUCUGCAGAAUCCUUUCAACAUGGCUGUGCUUGAAUGCUUCGUCAACGAGUUGGACCUAUCGGGCAUGGCAGUGGACGUGGCACUGCGUCGCUACCAGGCACACUUCCGCCUGCCCGGCGAGGCGCAGAAGAUCGAGCGCCUCGUCGAGGCAUUCGCGAGGCGCUACUGCGUCUGCAACCCUGACUUCGUGCAGCGCCUCAGGACUCAGGACACGAUAUUCGUCCUAGCGUUCGCAAUAAUAAUGCUGAACACAGAUCUCCACACGCCCAACCUGAAGCCCGAAGCCCGGAUGUCUCUCGACGACUUCGUCCGAAACCUUCGCGGGAUCGACGACUGCGGAGACAUAGACCGGGACAUGUUGUCCGGGAUAUACGAUAGAGUGAAGUCCAGCGAGUUUAGACCCGGCAGUGAUCAUGUUACCCAGGUGAUGAAAGUCCAAGCCACAAUAGUAGGCAAGAAGCCGCACUUAGCUCUGCCGCACCGCCGCCUGGUCUGCUACUGCCGCCUCUACGAGAUACCUGACAUACACAAGAAGGAACGCCCUGGAGUGCAUCAGAGAGAGGUGUUCCUGUUCAACGACUUACUGGUGAUCACGAAGAUAUUCAGCAAGAAGAAGUCGUCAGUGACGUACACGUUCCGACAGUCGUUCCCGCUGUGCGGCAUGCUCGUCAACCUGUUCUCUGUGCCACACUACCCAUUCGGCAUCCGCCUCUCCCGGCGCGUGGACGGGCGUCGCCUCGCCACAUUCAACGCCCGCAACGAGCACGAUCGCUGCAAGUUCGCCGAAGACCUGCGCGAGAGCAUCGCCGAGAUGGACGACAUGGAGGCCAUGAGGAUCGAGGGGGAACUCAACCGGGGCAAGGGCAGAGGCACCGGGAACAGCGCUAGGAAUGUAAUGGAGAACCGGGAUAGUGGCGUGGCUGACGUGGAAAUUGAUCAUCAACAGUGCAUGGAUCACGUUCAUAUGCAUGGCGUGGUAGUACCACCACCGCCGCUGUGCCCGGCCCCAGCCGCCCCGCGCUCGCACAACCCGCCUCCCACCAGCAUCAUCAAGCGCAACGUGCUCUCCAACUCGCUCGUCGACAUCAAUGAUCCUGUGGCCCUAGCAGCUGAGCGGCUGCAGCGACGCGGGUCGGUGGGCUCGCUGGACAGCGGCAUGUCGGUGUCCUUCCAGCAAGGAUCCCGCACCGCACUGCACGCCACCUCGCCACGACAUCCCAACGACCAGCGCUCUCCUGGGCGGCUGUUCAGCGGCAUAACCGGCAUAAGCGGCAUAUUCCCGGGACGUAUCCGCAAACUCAGCGCGUCUGGGAUCCCGGACAACAAGCACGGACAAGUCGGCAAGAGUACCGAAGUCUAAACACCACAAAGUGACGGUACACAUCGUUAUAUUUUCAAAUUUUGAACUUCGAGCCCCGAAUUCUCCAUCCUGAUUGGUCGAAUUCAAACGAACUUGCACGAAUGCGUUCGGGUAAUUCCGUUGUCCGUUAAUGGAAAGAGCAAAUGGUUCGCGCUGAGGUGAUUGUGGAAUUCCUAAAAUGUAAUAAGUUGAUUAUUUAAAUGGUCGGGUACCUCAUUUUUAAGUGCCAUCUUAAUUUUCGAAGCACACUUUUUAGGUAUGGGAUGUCAAUCUUCGUACAAACUGAUAAUUAUGUUUAUAGCUGAUAUAAUUUUUACCUUGUAGUGAUAUUCACAAACGAUAUUAUGCUAAUUUUAGAAUUGCUUACAUAAUGUAAGCUUUGUAUUUGGUGAGCGUCCUAGUUUUAAUUACAUAAAUGAAGGUCGUCUUCGGAAACUAUAGAAAUAAAUUAGUUUCCUUGAAGAUCAUAAUACGUAUGUAUACGUAACUUUAGCGUAAAGUCUUUUGUGAAUAUUGAAACGACUCGCGCUUUGCCAAAUGAGGCAUUCUGAGCAUUAUGAUUUUUACUCCUGUAAAAAUCUCUAUCAAUGACUUAAAUUUUCGUCCUUACCACGUUUAAAAGCACGUGUUGCUAAUUUUGACAUUUGACAGUGACAUUAAUGGCUGAAUGUCACGUCUAAGCUACUUCUGACAUUUUGUAUCUGUGGUUCUCAGGGUAGGUUAUGGUUGAAAGGCAUUUUGGUGGUUUUGGAUUACAUUUUAAUACAAACGUGCCAACGUAUGGUACUCGAAUUUAUUAAUAUAACAAUGACACAUUUGACUAUGACACGAAAAAAAACACAAAAUACUAUGACAUUGAAGAAAUUCGUUAUUAAUGGCUACUUAAUAUAUUUGUUUCUCAGUAGCCAGAAUACAUACAUAAAAGUAGAAUUUAGAAUAUUUUUCUUCAAAAAUAAAAAAAUAUUAGUAGAUUGUUGAAAAAAUUAGAUGAAUGAAUGACAUUUAUUUUCAUAUAGACGUUAGUAGAAAAAACAAGGACUUACGUAAUUACUGAAAGAUAAUAAUCCUCAUUUGUAAUAAAAGGAGGUAUUAUAACGAAAAUUAAAGGCUAUUCGUAUGAAUCGAAGAUAACUUGGGUCCACAUUUUGGAUGUAGGAGUAAUUCUUAGAUGUUGGAUGAAAUCACUCACUAUUCCUGUAUAUUUUUUUUAAUAAUUUAAAACAUUAUUUACUUAUUUAACCAUAUUUUUUUGGUCAAGUAGAUUCUUUUAAAGCAUAGAUUGUUUUAUACAUCAUGAAAUUGGCAAUAUUGCAAAGUUUAUUUUGUAUCUGGCAACAUUUAAUCAGUUUUUAAAGACUAGAUAGUUAAAAUAAAUUUCAAUGAAUACAGGAAUAGUGAAGUGUUUCCUUACCUAGCUAGAGUAAAUGUGGAAUUAUUGGAAGGUUUUGAGAGAAAGUAUAAAUAAGACAAUUUAUUCAAUUUUAAUAAAUUGCGUCAAAUCAAUAUUUAGCUUCUUAGAUUCACAUUUUAAACUAAUUUUCAUCACAUGUUACCAACCGAAAAGUAUUAUAAAGAUUUCUUUAAUAAUAUAAAAGAAAAUUUAUCUUAGAAUUCAUGAUAUUUUCUUUAGAAUUUGUACAUACGUUUGGAAUAGAGGAUGCAAUAGAGAUUUUUAAAGUACACAAAAUAUUAUUAAUUUCAGCACAUGAGCAAUACUUACAUAGACAUCACAGUUAAAAAAAUAUAUUUAUAAUAAAAAUACGAAUUUAUUCACUAUUGUUGAUGAAUUUUAUUAGAUUAGGUGAUUUGAGGAAUUUUAAAAUAGGCUAGAACCUUUUUCUCCCGGCAUGGUUAAAAGAGAGGGCGUCUAGUCGCCGAAAUUGGUGCAUUUUCGAUCGUGUCCAUAUAAAAAUCUAUCAAAAAAGUAUAAUAAUAAUUAAGAAAUUAACCUAUAUCUUCCAAAAAUAUGUACGAUUUUCUGUAUUCGACUACUUGUAAAGGCUGCUUUUAUUUAUUUUUAAUGUACGAGUGGUUUUUGUAAUAUGUAUUAAUUAACGUAUUUACCUAACGUUACCGAUUUGACUUUUCCUUGGAUUUUACCGUAACUUGUAACUAAAUAGUGAUAAGUGUGUAAUGUAUUGGGGAUGGCCGGCCUCUUGCGUAUGCGCAUGAUUGCUCUGUUCUGUGACAUAUGGCUGUUAGAAACGCAUAGAUGGAAACUUAGAUAGAAUAACAUGUUUUUGACACGAUAAAUGAAAAUUUAAAAAAUAUGAAUUGCAAUUCUUUCAGCCACUGUCACUCUAUCGACUAUUUAUCUUGAAAUGUUGUCUCUAAUAUAAAUCGUUUGCCAUCUAACACCUAGGAGGCACAUCUAAUUUUCAGAUAUAUUCAGAAUUUAAAACCUGUCCUAGGCCGGCCAUAUUGAAAAAAAAAUGUUGACUAAUCUAAAAUAGCUACUGUUGACUUUGUACCGGUUAUUUAGGCAUGUUGUUUCUACUAUUUGAUACAAGGGUAGAUAGAGAAAAUAAAACGAUGUAAGAAGAGGGUAUUAUGGGAUAUAAUGGGACUUCUGUUCUUUGAUAAGUCUUCAAAAUGUCCAUUUGGGGUUAAAAUUAAUAUUGAUGUUGCUCUUUGAAGAAAAUUAUAAAAAAAAAUGAUUGUGUUGGCAUCAGUAUUAAGUUUAAUGCAUUUAAUUCGAUAUAUCAAGAAUUAAGCUGUCCAAUAUAUUUGAUUGUGAAUCUCUAAAAUCAUUUUAAUUCAUGUUUGUUUGUCAUUAAAAUUUUCGUAUACAGUCGAACACAUUUUAAAAUAAAUUUUGAUUAUUUGAUUUUUUCCUUUUGAAUUUUUCGAUUAAUUUGUGUACACGACUGUACCAUUAAAUGUAACACAUCUUUCCUAGUUCUUAAAGAAAAAUGUAAUGCAUGACAAAUUGAAAGGAAUUGAUGUAAAAACGUUUCUUCGUUGGAUUUUGAUCCUAAUGUGUAUUGUAUUAUCGAUCUUUUUCGAUUUAAAUAUAAAUUGUCCCAUAAAGUUUCGUGAAGAAACUCGAAUGUAAUGUUUGUAAGCGUAUUUCAAGCGAAAUGCGUCUUUAUUUUAAUAGGGAUACGGUAUGGUUUUGUGGUCAUGUGGUGUAUUUCUCAAACUUGAAAAAUAGUAUUUUCUUUAUGUCAAUAUAAUUCCGAUUAUGACUUUGCCAUAUAUUUGCUGUCUAUAUUAACUCUCGUUAAAUAAAUAAUUCUGAGCUUUUACGUAACAGUUAAUUUAAGAAUGAUAUUGUAUACCGCUGAUAUUAGCUUCCGCCCCGUCCCGGGUGGACUGCUUCGUGCACCCGGAUAAAAAGUAAAAAAGCCAUAUUCGGGAAUACACCACAGAGUUUGUGUGAAAAGAAAAAAAAUUGUUCGAAUCGCUUUUGUAGAUUUCGCUUGAAGCCAAAGAUGUAAUAAAUCCUUGUGUUCAAUCUCAAUGAACGUUAUUUUUAAACGAUAUCUUCAUAUUGUUUGUAAUUACAAUAUAUUUCGAGUUUAACGCCUCACUAUGAAUAUAUGUCUAAGCAGGCAGUGUAGUUUUAUUCAUAAAAACAUAAUUUAUUGUAACAUUUACGAUAUUUCAUUACCAUUAAAAAUAUUUUCAGUGAUCUAUAGUUAAAUUAAUUCAAUCUCAUGAUAUUAAUUGCUUAGUAAACAUCACUUUUAAAUAUAAUUUGUUAUGAAUAAAACUAUACAUUUAUUAUGAUAAGUUGUAAUAGAUUUAAGAGGUUUUCAGUUCUGUAACAUACACUUACUAACUUAUUUCUAUGUAUGUAUAUUGAAGAGUUCUUGCUAAUAUAUAUCCUUUAGUUGAAAGUUGUUAAAAAAACUUAGAUUUUAAGCAAUAACGCAUUUGCGUCUACAUGUUGUAUCAUAUUAAAGUUGUUGAGAGUUGCUAUCACUAAGUCACUUAAUAAUAGUUUUAUUUAAAACAUAAAACGAUGAGAAUGUAUUUAUUUAUUAAAUAUGAAUUAACAUUCAUGAGUAA